AAUUUUGAUAAUGUUUUAUCUCUUCUGUAUAAUUUUUAUUUCGAAGAAUAUUAUGCAAUCAUUCAUCUUACAGAGCAAUAAUGUGUCUUAUCGAUGACAUUUGUUUAAAUGCCAUUGUCCUUUGAACGUUUUGUUUUGACAGUCUGGGAGUUACCAAAAUCCAUUCAUUGGAUUUAAAAAAAUAAUUAGUUGAUCAUUUAUUAAUGCGCUCAUCAUUCUAUUAAAAUAACUGCUCUGAUAAAGAUAGUAGGCAUAGGUCAUUUGUGGAAUUAAGUAGGUAGUAUUAAAUGCAAAAUAAUUAUUUAGUCAUUGAUCAGCAUCUCACAAGACAAGAGACAUUCUUUCUUGUAAAAUUAAUGUAAAUCAUAUUAGUUUUUUGUUAAAAGUGUUUGGAUUUUUCAUGGUAUUUAUUAGAACAGUGUAUAUUUUACUAGGUAGGUACAAAAUAUUAACACGAGUUGGUUUAAUAGACCAGGAUCAGACAUUGGACUUGGAGGAUAGCUCACAUUUUGGAUAAUGAUAAUGUAACUGGAAUGUCUGGAGUACAGUAACUGGAGUUGCAGCAGGAUCAUAAUAAGAUAUUGAAACUCCAUGAAUCUCUGGCAACCUGUUGGCAAAUUUCUGAAGCUACUGAACCUUCAAAAACUACUGCAAUUGCUAGAAACCUGGACCCAAAAUUGGAGCUUCUGAAUGUUUUUAAGCUUGGUUUUUUGUAUUUGACAUAACAGAUAAAUUCUAUAAUAGAUGGAUUUGAAGACCCAGAAAGUUCUAGAGACGAUUGCAACUACAAAGACGUUUUGAAACAUUUUCAAUCUGUGUUCACGUGCUCUAGUGUUGCAAGUGUUCUAGUUAAUGUGAAAAGUUAAUUUAGUUGUUUACCGUAGUUGGAAGUUUUGGAUAGAUUUCAUUAUUGCCAGUUACAGCAAGAGUUCAAGUAAGUGGAAAUUGAAGGAGCUGCGACUAUGAGCAGUAACGUGUUUUGUGUGAUCACUGAGGAGCCUGCCUCCAAAGAGCUGCGUUUCCGCUAUGACAGUGAAAGGAGGCCGGUCAGCGUCAAUCGGCCCUAUUCGUCGGCUGGUAGCAUCCCUGGUGUACGCAGCACCCCGCAGAACAAAACUUAUCCUUCCAUAGAGGUGAUGAACCUAAAAGGCAGGGCAAUAGUGGUGGUGUGUUGUGUAACAGUGGACCUUCCGCACAAGCCACACCCACAUCGCCUUGUGGGUCUCAACUGCCACCCUAAAUAUGGCGGGGCUUGUGUCAAGGAGGUUGACGCAGAAACCAAGACUGCCACCCUUGACCAUGUGGGCAUACUGUGCAUCAAGAGGAAAGACAUGCCAACCGCAUUUGUUGAGCGGCAAGCAAGGGACAUUGAUCCUUUCAGAACUGGCUUCGACCACAAGGAGCAGCCAAACAACAUCAAAAUGAACGCAGUUCGUCUUUGUUUUCAUGUGUUUUUGGAAGGAGAAGAAGAGGGUAAAUUCAAUGUACCUAUCUGCCCAGUUGUAUCACAGCCAAUAUACGAUAAGAAAUCAACGUCUGAUUUUGCAAUAGUAGAACUCAGUCGUUGUUCAGCUCCAGUUGAUGGUGGAGAAAAGAUUAUUCUUCUUUGUCACAAAGUCAUGAAAGAUGAUAUUAAAAUACAUUUUUAUGAAGAGGUGGAUGGCCAAAUUGUAUGGCAGGAUUAUGGCGAAUUUGAACCAAAUAAUGUACAUUAUCAAUAUGCCAUAUCAUUCAAGACUCCUCCUUAUAAAGAUUUGAAUGUGACUGGCCCGGUUCAGGUGAAGAUCCAACUGGUUCGUCCGUCAGAUAACGAAGUCGGUCCCGAAAGAGAAUUUCAGUUGACUCCCAUCAAACUAGUUUCGAGCUCAUACUUACCAAGGAAGAAGGCUAAAAUUAGCAUAAUUCCACAAUUGGGGAAAGCUGAAGCUGAAUUGAGUCGAUCUAAACACACAUUAUUCAAGCUGGAUCUGGAACGUGAACAAGAAAUGCGCGCUGCGGAUGAACCUAUGCCAAGUACUAGCGGUGCUUUCAGGCAGCAAUCAUUGAAUGUGUAUGACACCCACUUGCCAGCUACCAGCCCCGUUGUCAGCCACGCAGUCAUCCAAGCCGCCAGCCAAGACGCCAGUGCCGCUGCAAUUGCCGCGUCACUCCAAGCCUGUCACAAUGCUUAUAAGCCGCCUCCUUUCAGUCAACCUCCUUCCAAUCAAAGCCUUCCACAAAUGGGUCAACCACCAGAUCCAAUAAACAUGUCCCAACUACCACCACAGCAAAUAGUCAACUAUCUCAACUUGAUGCAUCCACUGGAGCACAACAUAGUUCAUCAACAUAACCCAAUGCAACACAACAUCAAUAUCCAAGAAGAGCAUAGCCCAUUGCAGCAUAACUUGGUUGAUGGUGUGACUCAGCAACAACAUCAUCAACCACAACAACAACAUCAUUACCAACUAUACCAGAAACGACAUCAUCAUCAACAGCAACAACAACACGAACAGCAAGAACAACAACAACACCUGCAGCUACCACAUUAUCAUCAACAACAACAGCAGCACCAACAAAAGCAACAUCAUCAUCAACAACAACAGCAGCAACAACAACAUCAUCAACAACAACACAAACAGCAAGAAAAACACCAAGAACAACAACUACAGUUACAACAUUAUCAUCAGCAACAACAGCAGCACCAACAACUGCAACAUCAUCAUCAACAACAGCAGCAGCAUCAACAACAUCAUCAUCAACAGCAGCAGCAACAACAUCAUCAGCAACAACAGCAGCACCAACAAUACCAUUAUCAUGGACAACAGCAGCAGCAGCAGCAACAACAACAUCAUCAUCAACAGCAGCAGCAACAACAACAUCCGCAACAUCAUCAACAGCAGCAACAACAUCAGCACCAACAAUACCAUCAUCAUGAACAAAAUCAGCAGCAGCAACAACAACAUCAUCAUCAACAGCAGCAGCAGCAACAACAUCAUCAACAACAACAUCUACAAAAUUAUCAACAACAACAGCUGCACCAACAAUACCACCAUCAUGAACAGCAGCAGCAGCAACAACAACAUCAUCAUCAACAACAACAACAAAUUCAACACCAAGUACAGACAAUGGAUACUCAACAACAUCUUACUGAACAAGGAGGAGCUGAUAUAUUAUUGGAUAGCUCAGAUUUGAAUUACAAUAUUUCUGAUAACUUCUUGCAAAAUUUGAGUGAUGAUUUCUUACAAAAUUUUAGUUUGGGCAAGAUCGAAGCAGUUGAUGAUGUGGCUGAAAGUCUCAAAAAGAACCUGCCUGACAGUCUCCCCAACUAUAAUCAGAACAAUGAAAAUAACGGGAACAACUCAUCUCCAUCUGGUCAGAAUAGCAACUAAUUGCUGUUUUAGGAGUAGGACAAUCAUUGAAAUAUGUGACUGCAAGAAGAAGAGUAUUUGAUCAAAUUAGGCAAUUUGGUAAUUUGUUCAAGUAGAACAAGUAUAAGUUUAAACUAUAGUAAAUACGUUAAAGGCAGGAGUCCUAGGAGUAGAAAUGAAAUAAGCAGAUGUGAUCAUGCUAAGAUUCAACAGAAGACCUGAAAUUGUGUGAAAAAUUGAAUAGACAUCUCGUUUCUUUAUUAUGAUUAUAUUUGGUGAUCUGAAAAUAUUCUGUUGGUAGAAUAUUCAUUUACAUUAUCUUUUCCAAGAAUCGACAAUUAUUUUUGAAACUGCCGAUUUAUGUAGUUAUAUUUGCAAAAACCCCAAGACCAAGAGAGCGAUGGGAGGAUAGAGUGGCUAUGGACGCUAGGAAAAUGCUGCGUGUGAGAAGAUGGAAAGGAGAUGCAAUGGAUAGAGAUGGCUGGAGGCAAAGUUUGAUUGAGGCCAAAGCCCGAUCUGGGAUGUAGCGUCAUUGGAGAGAUAUUUGCAAAUAUACAAAAUUACAAGUAAUAUAUUUCAAAUUAAUAAUUCAUUUCAAAUAAAUAAAUGAAUUUUCACAGCGAAGCUUUUUAGUUUGUAGCUGCAAAGGAACUCUAUUGUUGUAUCA